AACAUCUUGAGGGAGAGGAGAGGCACCGCUUGGCAAAACACCGUGAGCAGCGAUGGAGGUGCUAUCAGAUUUUCUCCACUCAACUCUUAUGGAGGGGUUUCUGAUUUCUUGGAACGAUGCCUCUGGAGGCGGUGGUGGAGCUGCAGAUCCGGGCGAUUUCUUGCCCGGGAGUGUUCCUACCAGACAAGCAAGAUGUGUACCUCGGGGUUUACCUCCUGAAUCAGUACGUGGAGACAGCCUGCUUUCCUUCUGUGUUCCCUAUUGUGAUUCAGCAAAGUUUGAGAUUUGAAAAGGUAUUUGAAAAUGCAAUAGAUCCUGGAGCUGUAGCAGAACUUUUAGAAAGCUUCCUAACGAGGUUUGAAUUAAUACAGCUAGUGCCUCCAGUGUGGGAAGAGUUGGCCUACUAUGAAGAAAACACACGAGAUUUUCUUUUCCCUGAGCCCAAGCUGACACCUUCACACCCUGGAAUACACAGGGAGUUACUUAUGAAGACAGCCAUAGGUUUUCCAGGCAUUGCUCCCAAAUUAGAGUUUUCUACAAGGACAGCCAUCCGAGAAUGUAUGUUUCUGCAUAGAAACAGAUUUCAUGAAGAAAAAUAUAAGACACGAAUGCCUUUAUCCACAUCACGUGGACCAGUGUUCCCCUUAAAUGAUAUAAAGAUAAAGCCAAAGGAGAACAGUCCUGACAGACUGCCUAGAGGCCUGCAGCCCAGGACGCCUUCUCCAUAUUCCACUAGACGUUUCUUCCUAGAAAAACCAGCUCAGUCAAACCUUGGAAACAACUUCAAACUCUCUGGAGAAGGGAAGCCUCCAUUCGUGGUUAGACAUGUGGACAGCACAAAGCCCUUUGGUGAAAAUACUUCGGAGCAUUAUUCACAAAAGUCUAAAAGAAAAUCUAAGUUUUCAAACUUUCCAUUUACAAUGAGAAGAGCUUCUUCUCUUGACAGCAUUGCAGCAAACGUAAAGGUUAUCAAAGAGCCAGAUGAACGGAUUAUUUUAAGGAAUGAAUCACCAUCAAGUUUAAAUUCGAGUAAGUUUGGAAAGCCCUUGCCCAGGAACCAAGGGGAUGCCGAUUUCCACCACGAAACUCCAUUUGCAACCUCUCAGCAAUCCAGCUCUCCCAGCCCUCUGGAUCAGCCCCUUCUCCAAGAAAGGUUCCAUCCUGGUUCUCAGUCCACAUGGAAGAAGAUCCAUGAAAGGGUAUGCAGUCUUCUGACAUCCCACAGAGCUCAGCAGCAUGCAAAUAAGGAAGAUUCCACCUUUGAAGUAAAUGAUGAUCUUGAAGGACUAGACUACUCUGUAAAGAAGUACCCACUGUAUGAACAGGGAUAUUUUUAACUGCUGUCACAUAGGAAAUGAAUGAAGGCUGGAGGAGGGAUCAUGAAGAGCUUUCUCAUCAAGACAACCUACACAUCCUUGGAGAAAUGAACAACAAUAUUUAUUGUCUGAAUUGACUUACCGGGGUCUAAUCCCCUUUAAAUCAAACCCUGUAUUCAGUCUUUUGCUCCCAGGUAAGAGUUGUUGAUUAAAGUGUUUGCUGUUUGGGGCUCACAUUUUCUUGUCACCUGGAACAUUUGUAUUUUGUUUGUUUGUUUUGAGCAUGAAAUUGAAAAUAAGAAUAAUUGGGUGGCAGGUGCUUUUCCAUUUGAAAAGCACUUCUCAGAAUUUUGACAAAAAUGUCAAGAUGCCUUUUUGGCUGCUUUUUAUUUUUGUCAGUGGAUAUGUUCAUGAAAAGCUGAUCUCCCCCUCCCUUCUCCCCUCUUUCUCUCCCUCCCUUCCUUCCUCUCUCUCUCUACUUAAAUUUUAUAUGAGCCAGAGUAAGUUGCUAUUUGGAGGAAUAACCUGCUAAAUCCUACAGAAAGACUUUCAACCUGAUUUUCUCCUUUUGGUAAAUCUGCUUUUGUUUUUAAUGUUAGGUUGGAUUCAUAUGAAAUACCCUUAAAAUGUACGGAAAGAGAAUUAUAUCUGGAAAAAUUCAGAUCUUGUUUUAGUGGUUGAAUUUCUAUGAUUAAUUUCUAAGGGAGGCAGUGUCUUUGGAUUAUAGUUUAAUAGUUUAACUGUUCCAUUCCCAACCCUCCCCCCCUUUUUUUUAAGCCCUAGCAAUUCUUAAUAAAUUUAGAUGAAGAACAAAACCUUUCUCAAGCAUUAUUCUCAAAGAACUACUUUAAGUAAAUAGGUUCCACAGAAAGGACUGCCCAAACCAGACUUUAAAUUAAUUAGUAGGGUGCCUUCAUGAAAUGCUUACGUAGUUUGAGGAAGCAGGAAGAGGAAGCGGAUGGGAGGAAGGGGUACUAGAAGCACAUUUGUUUUCAUGGGUACAGAUCCAGAGAAGAGGGGGCCUGAAAAUGGAAAUCUUUGUCUUUCCUUCAUAUUAUAACCUUAGCAUCUUCUUCUUUCAUACUUGGUAUGGUCUAAAUGUUUACGUCUUCUCAAAAUGUUGAAAUCCUACCCCUCAAGUUGGAAGUAUUAGGAGGUGGGGCUUUUGGGAAAGUAAUUUGUUCAUGAGGGUGGAAUCUCGUGAAUGAGAUUAGUAUCCUAUAAAAUAGGCCCAGGGAAGCUCAUUUGUCCCUUCCACUACAUGUGAGGUUGAAGUGAAGUGGUGCCAUCUACAGACCAGGAAGAGGGCCCUUACCAGUUUCCAAAUGUACUAGUGCCUUGACCUUGAACUUCCUGGCCUCCAAAACUGUGAGAAAUAAAUUUCUUAUGUUUAGAAGCUGCCCAGUAUUUGGUAUUUUGUUAUAGUAUUUCAAAUGAACAAAGACAAUAUACUAAAAUCCUUUUAGUUUUUACAAGAUACAGUGAGAACUAGGUUUUCUUUUCUCAUUAUGACCACAAGAAUUGGUUUGUUAGGUAAAUUAGGAAAACAAAAGUAGAAAAAUGAACUCUCAAAACAAAAACAAAACUCAUUUAUCUCAUCCCAGAGUUCCAGUUAAUUAAAGGCAUAUAACAAGCAUUCCACCUUUAAAAGCAGAUAAAAUACGUUUAAAUUACGUGUACUUAUAAAUGUUCUUGAUACCUCUGGAACUACAAUCGUCAAUUUAUUAUUUUGAUGUUACCUUUAAGUAGACAUCAAAAUUUUAAAAAACACUGUGUUACAUUAAGAUUAAGCUAUGAUUCUCAGAAAAGGUCCAUUUAUAUAAAGUUUUUUUUUUUUUUUAACUAAAGUAUACCUUUUUCCUCACUCUCUGAUCUAUUAAUUAUAUUAUUUAAAUUAUUUUUAUUUUAACUUUUUACUUCUCAAGGAAUUAUUUAAGUUUUGAGGAGUCAUCUUAGGGCCAGGGAUGCCAUUCAGAUAUUUUGUUUUUGGAUAAUGUAACAGCAUGAAAAUUUUGUCAUGUAUUGGGGUUUGGAUUGCUAUAUGAGGAUCUGUGUAAUUCAACAUAAUAAAAAAAGAAUUUCCACCUA